AUGAAGUCGACUCUCUUGACCACGGGCCUCUUGGCCGUCGGGGCGAGCGCCCUUGACAAGCGUGCAUGUACGGCAACCGCAGAGUGGCCGGGCUGGUCCAGCAUCAAGCACGCCUUUGUCUUUGGCGAUUCUUACUCCCAGACAGGCUUCAACACCUCUCUCGAGGCCCCUUCCCCUUCCAACCCUCUCGGAAACCCCUCCUACCCGGGCUGGACCUCCUCCAACGGGCCGAACUGGGUCGACUACCUCACCGUCAAGCACAACGCCUCGCUGCUCUACACUUACAACCUCGCCUUCGGCGGCGCCACCGUCGACGCCGCCCUCGUUAAGCCCUACGCCGACACCGUCCUCACCCUGAAGGACCAGGUCCAGACCCUCUUCGCCUCCGCCUACGCCUCCCGCGCCGAGCCGGCCUGGGGCGGCGCCGACUCCGUCUUCGCCUUCUGGAUCGGCGUCAACGACAUCGGCAACUCGUACUGGAACGGCGCGGCCGCGACCUCGGCCCUCAACGCCAGGAUCGUCGACGUCUACCAGGGCCUCGCCGCCGAGCUGUACGACGCCGGCGCGCGCAACUUCGUCUGGCUGACGGUGCCGCCCGUCGACCGCACGCCGAUGCUGCUCGCCGAGAACGCCGACGCGCAGACGCUCGCGCGCGAGGACAUCGCGGACUUCAACGGCCGCGUCGGCGACAUGGCGCGCAACGUGACGGGGUGGGAGGGCGCCAACGCAUGGGUCGUGGACGCCAACGCCGUGUUCAACGGCGCCCUGGACAACGUGGGCGCGUUCGAGGCGACCAAGGGUCUGAAGAACACGACGGGGUACUGCGAGGCAUAUGAGAACGGAACCGGUGCGGAGGAUACCCUCGUGGAGAGCUGCACCUACAGGGUCAACGAGUACUUCUGGCUCAACUCGCUGCACCCAACGUACCCGAUCCACGACGCCGUCGCCGAGACGGUCGGUGCGGCGUUGGCGGCCGGGCCGAAUGUCUGCUGA